CCUGCCUCUGCAUUCCGUUGUCCUCAGUAGAAAUGAAGUCAACGGAGCCAUCAUCGUCAUCAUUCCAGCCGGGGCAUUCAUCGUCAUCAUCACCACUGGAGCCACCGUCCUCCCUGUACUGGGACACAUAUUGGAUAACCUACGACGUGUUCUUGAGCUUCAGAGGUGAAGACACACGCAGGACCUUCACGGACCACCUCUACGCUGCACUAAUUCGUGCGGGAGUCAGCACGUUUUGGGAUGCCGAGGGACUAAGAAGAGGGAAAAAAAUAUCAAAGGAAUUGGGGCGGAUAAUCCAGGAGUGUAGGAUCUCUCUAAUUGUCUUCUCAGAGAAGUACGCGGAUUCAAGUUGGUGUCUUGAGGAGCUGGUGCACAUCAUGGAGUGUAGAAAAACACGGGGGCAGUUGGUCUUCCCAAUAUUCUAUCAUGUUGAUCCUUCUCAUGUCCGAAACCAGGCCGGUAGUUUUGGUAAGGCAUUUGAGAAACAUGAGUUGAGAACUCCAAUUAUAGAAGCAGCAAUUAUGGGACAAAGGGUUACUUUAGAAUUAUCUAGUGAUGUACAAAAGAAAUAUGAAGCUAUAGCUAGACGUCAUCAUGGAGAAAAGAUAGCCAAGUGGAGAGCUGCUCUUAAAGGAGCUGCAAAUUUGGCCGGCUUCGAUAUCGCUGAUAGGCCUGAAGCAGAGUUUAUCAGUAGCAUUGUUGACGAGAUAUGCAGACAGCUGACCACCCCAUACUUGAAUUUAGCUGUCUACCCAGUUGGAAUUGAUUCUCGUGUUGAAGAUAUUAGUAAAUGCUUAGGUGUUGGAUUAGAUAAUGAUGUUCGCAUGGUUGGAAUUUGGGGUAUGGGUGGAAUUGGGAAAACAACAGUUGCCAAAGCCAUCUAUAACAAAUUUUAUCAUAAUUUUGACAGUAAAAGUUUCCUAGCAGAUGUUAGGGAAACUGCAAAGGACUCAAAUGGUAAGAUUGCUCUGCAAGAAAGACUUCUUUCUGAUGUCUUAAAACCAACCAAGAUAGUGGUAGGUGAUGUUUCUAGAGGGAUCAAUGUGAUAAGAGAACGACUUGGAAGGAAAAAGGUACUUUUCAUUGUUGAUGAUGUAGAUCAUGAGGACCAAUUGAAUGCAUUGGCUAUAAGGCGUGAUUCCUUUGGUCCGGGAAGUAGAAUUAUUAUAACAACAAGAGAUCGACAUUUGCUAGAACUACUGAAAGUGGACACAAUACAUCUGACCCAAGAAAUGAAUGAAGAAGAAGCUAUUGAACUCUUCAGUUGGCAUGCCUUUCAAAAUCAUUCUCCUAAUGAAGAUUAUAUCGAACUCUCAAGAAGAGUGGUUACUUACUGUGGAGGUUUACCACUUGCUCUUGAAAUUUUAGGGUCUUUCCUCUUUGGAAGGAGCAUAGAAGAUUGGAUUAGCACACUGAAGAAAUUGAAAAAAAUUCCUGAUGUCAGAAUUCAGUCAAGGCUCAGAAUAAGCUUUGAUGCAAUUGAUGAGAGCCAGAGGAACAUAUUCCUCCAUAUAUGUUGUUACUUCAUCGGAAUGGACAAGAACUAUGUCAUAAAAAUACUGAAGGGAUGUGGUUUUUCUCCAGAAAUAGAAAUCAGUGUCCUGCUCCAACGUUGCCUUGUAACUGUUAGUGAGAAAAACAAGCUCAUGAUGCAUGAUUUGCUUCGAGACAUGGGCAGAGAAGUUGUUCGUGAAGAAUCCCCAAACCGCCCUGAAAGACGUAGUAGAUUGUGGCGUAAGGAAGAUGUAAUAGAUGUGUUGACAGAUGAAUCUGGAACUGAAGAGACUGAAGGACUUGCUAUAAAUUUGCAAAGAUCUGACAACAUGACUUUCAGUACAGAAUCAUUUAGAAACAUGAAGAGACUGAAAUUGCUCCAACUCAACCAUGUACAACUCACUGGAGACUGCGACAAGUUUCCCAAAAAGUUAAGGUGGCUCUGCUUGCGAGGAUUCUCUCUACAGUUCAUUCGAAAUGAGCUUCUUAAUGAGACAUACCUGGUUUCUAUCGACCUGCGGUACAGCAAUCUUGUACGAGUUUGGGAGUAUUCCUGGCGGCUUGGGAAAUUGGAGAUACUUAAUCUCAGUCAUUCACAUUACCUAAAACAAUCACCAGACUUUUCACACCUCCCAAAGCUACAGUAUUUGAUCCUUAAAGACUGUGUGAGUUUGCCAGAGAUUCACUGGUCGGUUGGACUUCUUCGGAGACUUGCCUUGCUAAAUCUUAAAGGCUGCACAAUGCUCAAGGACCUUCCGGAGGACUUUUAUAAGUUGAUUCAUGUUGAGACUCUUGUUCUUUCUGGCUGUUCGAGAUUUGAGAAUUUGAGCAAGAAUAUAGGAAAUAUGAUCUCUUUGAAAACUCUUAUUAUAAGUGGCACAGCCAUAAGUGAAGUACCAUCCUCUGUAGAUAACAUGAGGAGACUGGACUUUUCAUCUCGACAAGGCCUGAGUGGCCUAAAACGAUGUUUCCAGGAUGAGACAUCAGGACCAAUCCGAGGAUGAAUUUUAAAAGGAGAUUAAGCAGACAAAGACAGCUGAAAGUGAAGUGGUGGUGUAUCUCAGAUUGUUAGCUUAAUAUCUUUUCUCUGACUCUUGGUGUUAUGUUGCUGUUGCUGUCAGAGGAGUAGCCAGUACCUUUAUUUUUCCUCAUAUCAGACUCGUGAUUUUUCUGACCAACCGGAUAUUCUAUCUAACGCUCAUCAGUUGUUUUAACGCCAUUCUUGGAAAAGUGGCAAAGAUGGUUUUGUAAGAAUAAAAAAAAUUGAACUGUACGUGAUGUCAAUAUAAUCAUGUAUAGAGUUUGUAAAUUCGUUCAACAUUCAGGAGCUUGAAUUGUCAGGGAAUGUUUAU